GCUGUCUGUAAUCGGGACGCCUCUCCUUCUCCCUCUCUGGGCAGACUCCAACUGCUGCUUUCCCUGGUUAGUUCCCUUCGGGUUCUGGAAGUUGUUACCCGAACAUGUCGGCCUCACCGGACCAUGGAGACGGGCUCUCUGUGGAGGACCAGAGGAGGCAGAAUGCGGCGCAGACCUUCCGCGGGGAUCUGUACUCAGUCCGGAUGGAUCCCAGCCGGACCCGAACACGCCCUCCAAGCGAAGCGGGACUGCAGCAAUCCCAAGAGCCGGCGGUCCCAGCUCCUCAGUUGGACGACUGCGAGAGGAUGGGGACUCUGUUUGGGAUGAUCAACAAGUGCUUGCGGGGCGUGGGCUUCAACCAGGUCUACUUCGGGGACCGGACAGUGGAGCCAGUGGUGGUGCUGGUCUUCUGGGUUCUGCUCUGGUUCCUGGGUUUCCAAGCUUUGGGAUUGGUGGGAACUCUGUGCAUCAUCAUCAUCUACAUCCAGAAGUGAUGAUCCGAGUGAAGCUGCUGGGUCCUCUGGUGCAGACUGGUUUCAUGCUGACGGCAGGACGUUUGAAGUUAUUUAAGGUGGAAAUAAACCCUCAUUUGCGAACGUUUGGGUUUCCUCCUGGACAAUCAAAUGGAGCUGUUAUUUCCUGCUUUAAUUAUAAUAAUAGAAGCUCUGUGCAUUAACAGCCAAAGAUGAUAAUUUCCUCCAAACAGCCUAACCUUUUUCUAUUUCCUGUUUAAUGACUAAAUUGAUUACUUGGUUUGAUUUUAAAAUAUUUGCCUUCACCUUCCGUUUCUCACUUCCAGUAAUCAUUCCGGGGUAUUGCAGAAAAUAUUCGGUCCAGUUUGCAUUUCACCAUGAUGCCCCCAUCACCCUCAACCCAAUAGAUUCACAGAACAUUGUUUGUGUUCAGGAGGUUCACUGUAAAAACACAAAAUCUUACCAGGUAUUUUGGGUCUAGUUUUUGGU